GUUCUUUUAACUGUUGACGUUCUGCACCCCUGACUGGCGCUGCAGAUCUUGUCGUUCUUUUUUUUGUUACUUUUUCUUAUAAUCGAUGCCCCGGAUUUUGACUGUUUUGCUUUUUGGAUCUGGGUGAAGACCCUUUUCAGUACUGACGAUUUGGUAUACGAUUUUGCAUCAGCAGCCAUGCCGUCCCUCGAUGCUGAGAUGUGGGCGUGGUACGCCUUGACGGUGAUUGUGGUGUUUGCGCGAAUGGCGUCCCGUCGUAUGUUGCUCGGGUCAUUCAAGCGUAUGUUGGCAGAUGAUUACCUCAUGACGGUGACAAUGAUCACGUAUACUGCCCUCUUGGCAAUCGUCAGCGUCCUCACACGAACACCCACCAACCUCAUCAAUCCCGACGAUCACAUCGUACUCACCCCUGAAGACAUCAAGCUCCGAGAAUAUGGAUCGAAACUGGUACUCGUCACGGAACACAUGCAGAUGAUUACCCUCUGGGGCGUCAAGGGCUGUCUACUGUUCAUGUACAGCCGACUGACAAUGAGUUUGAAGCAAAACUUCUUGGUCAAGCUGGUGGCAGGAUAUGUCGUCGUUGGAUUCGUUGUCAUGCAGAUCUUGUGGUUUGCUGCUUGGUGUCGGCCUUUUAAUCACUACUGGCAGGUUCCUCCUGAUGACUUGAACUGUUCAGCUGAGACCAACCAUAUGAUCACCAACGCCGUCAUCAAUAUCUCUUCGGACAUCAUGAUCAUCAUCCUUCCUAUGCCUGUCUUUUUGCAAUCUCAGCUGCCGCUCAAGAGAAAGAUUAUUCUCUGUGGUGUCUUUGCGCUUGGUAUCUUUACUAUACUGGCAGCAACCAUGAGUAAGAUCUACAGUCUCGGCGACCCCUACGGCACAGAAUGGUCAUAUUGGUACAUCCGCGAAGUCUCAACCGCCGUCAUCGCCGCCAACCUCCCUCUCACAUGGACCCUCCUGCAACGUGUCUUCCGCCUCGGUUCAUUCCACGCCAAGUACGGAAAAUCCUCCAACCAGCGCACCGGCGAAGGAACGUCCCGAUUCCGAUCAGCAUACGGAAACCUCAGCAGUAUGGAUAGACGACCCAAGAAGACCACUUUUGUGGAACCUGGAAUGAGUUUCUCAGAGAGUCAGGAAGAGAUUAAUGGGAAGGAUAUCCCGUUGAAGAUUUAUCAGAAGAACGAGGUUACUGUUAACAUCACUACUGAAGAGGCGUCGCCCGAUAAACGAUCGCCAUCACCACCUGGUCAGGCUGGAUUAGAGAGGAUCAAUUUCGGGGAGGUAAAUGCGCAUGGCGGUAGUGAGAAUGGUGAUAAAUCUGCGAAUGAGAUGGAGCUUGGUGUUGUUACCAAGCCUCAUGUCAAAGUCCAAGAACGCUUACUCCGCACCUCAUCAUCCAUCCCUUGCUUGGGUGAUCAUGGAUGCCCAAGGAAGCUCUUCGACAAGGGAACAAUGUUCUCCAGAGUUAAUCCCUUCGACCGGGCUCACAUUAUUAUGGUUCAUGGUCUGAAAGGCCACCCAUAUAAAACAUGGCGACGCAAGCAAAAUCCGAAUAACAUGGAUAAGCCAUCAACGCACCCCGAAAAAGAGGCACCGAAGCCGAGGACUUCGAAACGACUCGAACUUAGACAAGGCUUCAAGGCGUUCUUGAAAGGCUCGUCAAGCAGCAGCCGACAGGACAGCAGUCUCACAGAAUCAACAAGCAACACUGUCCCAGCUCUAGAGAAUGGUGAUCUUACUGUUUUCUGGCCUGCUGAUUUACUCCCGCAAAACUGCAAGAAGGCUCGAAUUCUGACAUUUGGUUAUGAUACGAAGAUAACCAAGUUUACCUCUGGGCCGACUAACACAAACAGUAUUUUCUCCCAUGGCAAGGAUUUUCUGUUCUCGCUGGGGCGCGAAUACGUGCCAGACCGUCCUAUGAUAUUUGUUGCUCACAGUCUCGGUGGAAUCCUGGUGAAGGAGUGGGCAAGGUCAAUGCUUAGUAGUCUGAAGUUCCAAACAACAUCCACAAUCUUAGACACUCUGGGCCUCAAGACUACAGACCUGGAACGCGCUCAUGAAGCGUUCUGCAGACUUUGGCAUCAGUAUGAUUUUCAGGUCAAGACCUUUCAAGAAAGCUUUGGUCUUACUGGAAUCGACCUGGGUGUCUUGGGAAACAAGGUCGUACCUCAUGAGUCUUCCUUGAUUGGGGACCCGAGGGAACAUGCAGAGACUCUGCAGGCCAAUCAUAAGCAGAUGAGUCGCUUCAGUAGUGCUCAGGACCCGAACUACAUCAAGGUUGCUGGGGAGAUUAAGGAUUUCUAUACCGCCAUCGAUAACGCUCACUCUAGGAUCUCGUUAACUCCGGAGCUAACUCAGAUUCUUGAAAUGAAAGCUGGUCAGAAAAAGAGGUCUCUUUCUGAUGAGGGUUCCCUGGAUGACCUAGACCAGAAAGUGCUCGACGACCUUCUCGCAGCACUACGCUUCGAUGGAAUGAAUACUCGCCGGGAGUGUAUCUUGACACCUGCCGUGAAUACCGGACAAUGGCUAUUCCAAGACCAGACAUUCCGUCUUUGGACGACUACAACUGAUCCAAGCCAGCAUCUACUCUUGAUCAAAGGAAAGCCAGGAGCAGGCAAGUCAACCUUGAUGAAAGAGCUUGCACGACGUAUGCAACGUAGUGAGAGAAGAGGCGAUAUCUGUGCCAGCUUCUUCAUUGAUGCUGGUGGCGAGCUCCUGCAACGGUGCCCGGCUGGGAUAUUCCGAUCAUUGCUCUACCAGCUUUUGUUGCAGAGCGGAAUAUGCAGCCCGGCCACACAGGCGACCUUUGCGAGGCGGAUCUUGAUCUGUAGCAUCAAGGAUGCUAUAAUUAACACCGCUCUGCCUUCGGUAGAGUGGAGCCAGAGUCUUCUAGCAAACUUGCUUACAGAAACGCUUGUAUUUCUAGCGUCGUUGGGUAAACCGGUAUUUAUCUUCGUAGAUGCACUUGACGAAUUAAGUGCUGAGAUGCAGCGACAGCAGGUUGACUUCUGGAGUCUCCAGCAACUAUGCUUUCAGGGGCUAAGGGGGCCAAGAAUCUGCUUAUCCUGCAGACAUUUUCCAAACAUUGCCGUUGCUGGCUGUCUAGAAUUGGCCUUGGAUGCUUACAACCAGGGAGAUAUCCUGAAUUACAUCACACAGCGACUCAAUGCGCGAAUCUCCGCACAAGAAGAACCCUGGAGGAGAGAACUGACGAACAGGAUCUGCGCUCUAUCAUCAGGUGUUUUCCUCUGGGUCGCCUUGGUGGUGGACGAAACUCUCGCCAGUUAUGAUAAGGGCACCAGUUUACUUGAGCUUGUCCGGCGCGUCCACGAAAUGCCAGCAGAGCUCGAGAAGCUGUAUGGGAAGAUGUUGACAAUAACCGCAUUCGGGAAUCCUCUAGUGGUGGGAAAGAUGUUCCAGUGGGUCCUUGCAGCAAACAGACCGCUGCGGCUUGAUGAGUGGCAUCAUAUACUCGCUUUUAUCCAGCCGUCGAAACCAGCCUCGCUUGCGAACUGGCGAAAAUCAGAGUCUUAUACCGAGAAUGAUCAUCAGCUUGAAAGGAAGAUUAAAAGUCUAUCGAGAGGUCUAUUGGAAGUCAGCAGCAAGCAGCACGAUAUCCUGGCGGAGAAGAACGCAGAAGUGUCAUCGAUCAAUGCUGGUGCUGGAUCUCUGGACCAUGAAGAGGGCUCAGCACGCGUCGUGCGUGUUAUCCACCAGUCUGUUUACGACUUCUUCAUAUACAAAGGAGGAUUCAGGAACCUGGGCUUGGAGAGCGUCAACCCUCUUGCAGAUUGCCAUUGCACCAUCGCAAACACUUGUAUCGACUACCUGUUCAUCCCUGAGCUGGAUGAGUACGUUGUUGCUCGACAACACGUAGACAUGGCAAGUUUAGUCAGUGCCUCAUUAUGCUCUGAGACCUCUUUUAGAACUGAAGAAGCUCCAAAGGUUGAAGCUCAGCGACAGGGACGAGGUUCUAGGCAUACCUUUGAGGGCUUGGAGGCAUUGCGCCCCUGGCAGCCUCUUGAGGUCGUUGAGAACUGGCUGGCUGGAGGGGCUUUAUCUUCAUACACAGGCUCCAUUACAGGUUCUGCAAAACAUUCUGUCUCGAGUGAGUCUCUUGCCACUGCUACAUCGCGGGUUCUGGACGACUACCCAGCUCUACUCGUAUAUACGAUCACAGAAAUCAUGCAACACAUCGAGUUUGCAAAGCUGGACCUUAAUCCCACCCAGAAAACACAGAAUCUCAUGGCGAGAUUGGGAGACGAUGCUAUCUGGAAACGUCUCCGAGCACUACAGCAGGAGAAGCGCACGCGAAAAAGAACCGCCGAAUGGAUUGAAGCGGUUACGCGUAAUCGAGAAGCUGACAGGCAACUAACUAUUCAUAGUAGGAUAUCCACGCGACUCCCACCCCCAGCAAAUGGACCAAGAAGCCCUAGAAGUAUCACGAGUUUUAGCUCGGCGAGUAGUUUUAGCCAUCAGAUCUCCAAUUCUAGCAGCGAAUGGCUUGACGCUAAGGUUGGUCACUUCCCGGGCCGGAUCUCGUCCUCGGAUGUCCAUAUCUCCAUCAUGGGCGUCUUUACAAAGUUCCGCUUCUUCAAUCGACGACUCGCGCUGUCAUGCGUGCUCAUCGCCGUGUCGACGUUUAAUUAUGGAUUUGACAACCAGGCAUUUGCGACGACGCAGGCGAUGGAUGCGUUUGAUAAGCAGUUUGGCGUUUGGAAUGAGAAGACGGGGACGUAUAUUCUUGAGCCGUCGUGGCUUUCGCUGUUUAACAGUUUGAACUAUAUCGGUUUUGCUGCUGGUGUUCUUAUUGGAACUUGGAUCUCUUCACGAUGGGGUCGACGAUGGUGCAUGUUCGUCAUGAGCGUGUAUGCCCUUGGUACAGCGACUAUCGCUGUCACGUCUUUCCAUCGUGAGCAGAUCAUGGCAGCUCGAAUUCUCAAUUACGUCUACGUCGGCAUGGAGCUUGGUGUUGUUCCAACCUUUCAGUCCGAAAUCGUUCCCGCUCAAGCUCGUGGCUUCAUGGUCGGAUCGUACCAACUUAGCCUCGCGGUCGGCGGCCUCGUCAUCAAUAGCAUCUGCUUCGGAACAAGCUCUCUCCCCGACAACCGCGCCUGGCGAAUCCCUCUCGGCAUGUUCUACAUCGUGCCUAGUAUUGUCGUGGCAGGCAUCUGGUUCGUUCCCGAGUCGCCGCGAUGGCUGCUUCGAAAGAAUAGAGUCGAAGAGGCGCGAAAGAGUCUCCAACAAAUCCGCGAAGGAGCUUUUACAGAUGAAGAGAUCGACGCUGAGUUCACGGAACUCAAGGUCUCUUUGGAGCAGGAGACUGAGCAGGGACGAUUCGUUGAGCUUCUGAGGGGUAUUAACCUGAAGCGAACUCUCAUUGUUAUGGCCGUCAACUUUUAUCAGCAGGCUGGUGGUCAAGCUUUCGUGUCGCAGUAUGGUACUAUUUACGUCAAGUCUCUUGGGACCAUCAACCCAUUUGGCUUCAGUUUAAUCACAUCCGCCAUCAGCAUCAUUUCAAUUACCUGCAUCCUUCUUUGGACUGAUAUCGUUGGUAGACGUGUCCUCAUGAUGGCAUCGUCUAUCACCAUGUUUGUUGCCAUGAUGACGAUGGGGGGUCUUGGUAUCGUAUCUCCUGUGGAUGAUUCGAGGAAGAAGGGCGUGAUCAGCAUGAUGGCUGUGUUUGCCUCCGGUUUCGGAAUGGGGUGGGCACCGCUCGUCUACGUCGUCACCACUGAGCUCUCGGCUCUCCGGCUCCGUGAUCUCACAUCGCGAGUUGGCUUCACCACCAAUGUCAUCAUGAACUUCACUGUCAACUUCAGCAUCCCAUAUCUCAUCUACGACAAGUACGCUGGCUUGAACAGCAAAGUUGGCUUCAUCUUUGGAGGCAUCAUGGCUACUGCCCUCGUGUUUGUUUACUUCUGUGUUCCUGAGUGCAAGGGUAAAACGCUGGAACAAGUCGAUUUCCUGUUCAACCAAGGUGUUCCGAUCCGACAGUUUGGAAAGGUUGAUGCGGCGGAGAUGAUGCGCGCUACACAGGAGGAAGAUGGAUUGGGCAAGGUGCAUUCUGAUGGCAAGGAUAAUACCGUGACAGCGGAACGGCGAGUCUAAGUCAUCAGUAAACAUGUAUCGAAGCUGGGGGGCGAUGUUCGGAGAUCUUGGUAUCAUGUAUUGAACUUUUCAACUAGCUACUUAAUAUUGGGGUGCAUUGGCAUCAGUAUAAGCAUUCAUCUGGAGGUCAAAGGGAUCCAACGGGAAACCGAGUUCCUGGUCUCCGAACACCAAGUUAGUCGAAUUGAUCGAGUCAUAAUUGAUGAGUGGAUAUCCCAUUGAUGAGAAUGAGCCCAGAGAUCCGUCCCCAGUUGACCCAGUCAGACCCUGUUCAUCACCCUGAAUUGGGAAAGACCAAAUAUCUUGCCCACUAGAGUUCUCUAGUACCGUGGGCUCAAGGGACGUCUCCGGUAUCUCUUCGUCAGUAUUGGACUCUGGUGGUCGGAUAGCGG